AUGGCCCCGUGGCUGCAGCUCUGCUCCUUCUUCUUCACUGUCAACGCCUGCCUCAACGGCUCGCAGCUGGCAGUGGCCGCGGGCGGCUCGGGCCGCGCGAGGGGCGCCGACACCUGCGGCUGGAGGGGCGUGGGGCCAGCCAGCAGAAACAGCGGGCUGCAGAACAUUACCUUCAGAUAUGACAACUGUACCACCUACUUGAAUCCUGUUGGGAAGCACAUGAUUGCAGAUGCCCAGAACAUCACAAUAAGCCAGUAUGCUUGCCACAACCAAGUGGCAGUCACCAUUCUGUGGUCCCCAGGAGUCCUUGGCAUUGAAUUCCUAAAAGGAUUCCGAGUGAUACUGGAGGAGCUGAAAUCAGAGGGAAGACAGUGCCAGCAACUGAUUCUGAAGGACCCAAAACAGCUCAACAGUAGCUUCAAAAAAACUGGAAUGGAAUCCCAGCCUUUCCUGAAUAUGAAAUUUGAAACGGAUUACUUUGUGAAGAUUGUCCCUUUCCCUUCCGUUAAAAACGAAAGCAAUUACCAUCCCUUCUUCUUCAGAACCCGGGCUUGUGACCUGUUGUUACAACCUGACAACUUGGCCUGUAAGCCCUUCUGGAAGCCUCGGAGCCUGAACAUCACCCAGCACGGCUCAGACAUGCAGGUGUCCUUCGAGCGUGCGCCACACAACUUCGGUUUCCGUGGCUUCCACCUUCACUAUAAGCUCAAGCACGAAGGCCCCUUCAGGCGGAGGACGUGCAAGCAGGAUCAGAAUACAGAGACAACCAGCUGCCUCCUCCAAAACAUUUCUCCAGGGGAUUAUAUUAUUGAGCUGGUGGACAGCAGCAACACAACCAGGAAAGCGGUGCAGUACGUGGUAAAGCCAGUGCACUCUCCCUGGGCUGGACCCAUCAGAGCUGUGGCCAUCACGGUGCCUCUGGUUGUCAUAUCAGCGUUCGCAACACUUUUCACCGUGAUGUGCAGAAAGAAACAGCAAGACAAUAUAUAUUCACAUUUAGAUGAAGAAAGCCUGGAGUCCUCCACAUACGCUGCAGUCAUCCCCAGAGACAGGCUCCGGCCACGGCCCAAGGUCUUCCUUUGCUACUCCAGUAAAGAUGGCCAGAAUCACACGAAUGUGGUCCAGUGUUUUGCCUACUUUCUUCAGGAUUUCUGUGGCUGUGAGGUGGCUCUGGACCUGUGGGAAGAUUUCAGCCUCUGCAGAGAAGGGCAGAGAGAAUGGGUUAUUCAGAAGAUCCAUGAGUCCCACUUCAUCAUUGUUGUGUGCUCCAAAGGCAUGAAGUACUUUGUAGACAAGAAAAGCUACAAACACAAAGGAGGCAGUCGAGGCGCAGGGCAAGGAGAGCUCUUCCUCGUGGCUGUGGCGGCCAUUGCUGAAAAGCUCCGUCAGGCCAAGCAGAGUUCAUCUGCGGCACUUAGCAAGUUCAUCGCUGUCUACUUUGAUUAUUCCUGUGAGGGAGAUGUCCCCUGCGUCCUGGACCUGGCCACCAAAUACAAGCUCAUGGACAGCCUUCCUGAGCUGUGCUCCCAUUUGCACUCAGGAGAACACAGCCUUCAGGAGCCGAGUCAGCACCCAGGACACAGCAGUAGAAGGAGCUACUUCCGCAGCAAGUCUGGCCGCUCCUUGCACGCUGCCAUUUGCAGCAUGCACCAAUUUAUUGAUGAGGAACCAGAUUGGUUCGAGAAGCAGCUCUUACCCUUUCAUCCUCCCCCCGUGCGCUACCAGGAGCCAGUCCUGGAGAAGUUUGACUCAGGUUUGGUUUUAAAUGAUGUCAUAAGCAAACCAGGGCCAGAGAGUGACUUCUGUCUAAAAGCUGAGGCUUCAGUACUUGGGGCCACUGGGCCAGCUGACUCUUACUCAUAUCUGGAGAAUCAGCAUGUAGGCCUGGACCGAGACACUGACGCCCCACUCCCCUAUGAGAGUGGCCCUGCCUUGCAGCCCCUGUUGCAUGCUCUGAAAGCUGGAAGUCCCUCAGAAAUGCCACGGGACUCGGGCAUAUAUGAUUCCUCUGUGCCCUCAUCAGAGCUGUCUCUGCCUCUAAUGGAAGGACUCUCUCCAGACCAGAUGGAAACAUCUUCCUUGGCUGAGAGUGUAUCGUCCUCCUCUGGCCUAGGCGAGGAGGAUCCCCCGACACUGCCUUCCAGGCUCCUCGCCUCCGGAGUGUGCAAAGCAGAACAUGGUUGUCAUGGCUACACUGAUGAACUACCAGCAGUUGCCCCUUUGUAAGGACCGGGAAGCGUCUAAGCCACUUUAACUGCUGCUCUCCGGCUCCCCGGCUCAGCCACGGUUGUGCAGCUGCCGGAGCUGAGAGCUCAGGAGACCUGGAGUGAAAGUCUGGCCAGUACACAAUCCUUUCUGCCCCAGCCUUCUAACGCACACUUCGCAAAGUCUCCGAUUUCCCAAAAGCAUAUGGAAUUCAGAAGGGGGUGUCCAUUAGAUCUGACCACAGCUGGCCGCCUGCAGCCGAUCCUUGGAUCGGAGCCUGUUCUGGGGGGUGGAGAGGAAACAGGUAAAGAGGGAGAAGCUAGGAAAGCACUGCACUGCUUGGUGGGCUCUCCUGGACUCCGCAGACUUUGCCUG